CGCGCAUCACUGCGUAUAUAAAUGAGCUGACAUCCGGACUCUCCUCUCAUUCUACAUCCUCCACCCCUCAACCCUCUCCACCUUAUACCUCGAUACCAACCAAAAGAUCCUUCUGGCUAAGGACUUUUCCUUUUUGACGUCCAAUUCUAAAGCUUCUACGUCCCGACUAAUUACCAAUCCUACCAGACCCGCCCAAAAUGCCCUCUCCUAUCCUUGCGACGGCAGCAUUUGCAGCCCUCUCCUCGUUUGCCGCAGCUACCUACAGCUCCACCUGUUCUAAUAACAUGGUGACCUACUGGGGACAGAACAGCUGGGGUGGCAGCCACCUCAACGAUCCUGCGAACUGGGAAAAGGACCUCGCCGAAUACUGCCAAGACGACACUUUCGACGUCAUCAACCUCUCUUUUGUGAUAAACUAUAAUGUUACUGGCCUCCCCGUCCUUAAUCACGCCGGCCACUGCGAGACCAAGUUCAAUGGCACCAACACCCUGACAUGCCCCGGAAUUGGCAAGGAUAUCAAGACCUGCCAGGCCAACGGCAAGAAGAUCGUGCUGUCGCUCGGCGGCGGUGGCAACCCUACUUACUCGCUCGGCUCAUCGGCCGAGGGAGUCCAGUUCGCCAAUACUGUCUGGAACAUGUUCCUUGGCGGAACACACCAAUAUAGGCCAUAUGGUGAUGCGGUCCUGGAUGGUGUUGAUCUGGAUAUCGAGUCUGGCGCUAACGGCGGCUAUGCGGCGUUUAUUGCGCAGCUGCGUACGUACUUUGCCAGCGCCUCCAAGCAGUACAUCGUUUCUGCUGCUCCGCAGUGCGUCUACCCGGACUCGAGCCUUGGCUCUACCCUGAACACUGCCUGGAUCGACAACAACUAUAUUCAAUUCUACAACAACCCGUGCAAUCUGGUCAACAUCAACAACCAGUGGAACUUUGACUACAAGAGCUGGGACGCGCUGGCAAAGAAGAACCCGAAUCCGAACUCGAAGGUGUACGUCGGCCUGCCUGCUGGACCAGGCGCCGCUGGCAAUGGGUACAUUGAGCUCAACACGCUUCAGGCGGAUUUGAAGCAGCUGUACACCAACUUCACCUCGACCUUUGGCGGUGUCAUGCUGUGGGAUGCAUCGUGGUACUCAAACAACCAGGGGUACGUGAAGGGCCUGUCGAGCUGGGUCAAGGCAAACAUGCAGUGCGGUGCUACUCCUCCGACCAGUACUACUGCAGCGCCGACCACCACGACCGCCGCUCCUACCACUACUACUGCCGCACCUACCUCGAGUGCCCCGGAAUCUACGUCCACCACUGCUAGCCCUACCAGCACCGUCGCCUCCUCAACAAGUACCACAGCCUCUCCGACUUCAUCUUCAACGACAACCUCUGCUCCUGCGCCAACUUCGACCUCGGGAGGCGGUCCUGUCGCUGGUGGCUCGUGCUCGUCACAGGGAGCUGUCCAGUGCGCAGAUACUAGUGGCAAGAACGCUAACUAUUUUGCUUGUAACAACGGGGCGUGGCUCCAGCUGUCAUGCGGUUCUGGAACUGCAUGCUUUUCGUCAGGCUCGUCCAUCUAUUGCGACUGGCCGUCUGCUUGAAUGGUUUCCUAACCCUCUGCUCUAUUUUGCACACUACAAGUGCAAGCACUAGAUAAUGAACCGAUGCAAAAACACUGAUCUACCCAC